AUGGCUGGCCAACGCUUUGAGACUCUGCAGCUUCAUGCUGGUCAGGAACCUGACCCCGCUACCAAUUCGCGUGCGGUGCCUAUCUAUGCCACGACUUCCUACGUCUUCAAUGACUCUGCUCAUGGCGCCAGACUCUUUGGUCUGAAGGAAUUCGGUAAUAUCUAUUCGCGGAUCAUGAACCCUACUGUCGAUGUCUUUGAGAAACGCAUUGCAGCUCUUGAAGGUGGUGUUGCCGCCGUCGCCGCUUCGUCCGGUCAAGCAGCUCAGUUCAUGGCCAUCUCUGCUCUGGCCCAUGCCGGCGACAACAUUGUCGCUACCAGCAACCUCUACGGUGGUACUUACAAUCAGCUCAAGGUCUUCCUGCCGCGAUUGGGAAUUCAGACCAAGUUUGUCAAUGGCGAUAAUGCAGAUGAUAUUGCUGCUGCUAUUGAUGAUCGCACCAAGGCUGUUUAUGUGGAGACUAUUGGAAACCCGAGAUAUAACGUGCCUGAUUUCGAGGCUAUUGCCAAGGUUGCCCAUGAGAAGGGCGUGCCUCUUGUUGUUGACAAUACAUUCGGUGCCGGUGGUUACUUUGCACGCCCAAUCGACCACGGCGCAGAUAUCGUCGUGCACAGCGCGACCAAAUGGAUUGGCGGCCACGGCACCACCAUCGGCGGCGUGGUGAUUGACAGCGGAAAGUUCGACUGGGGUAAGAACGCCGCUCGUUUCCCUCAAUUCGUCGAACCUGCCGAGGGAUACCACGGCCUCAAGUUCUGGGAAACCUUCGGUCCCAUCACAUUUGCCAUUCGUACUCGAGUUGAGAUUCUGCGCGAUUUGGGUUCAGCGUUGAACCCCUUUGCUGCCCAGCAGUUGUUGUUGGGAUUGGAGACUUUGUCUCUGCGCGCCGAACGACAUGCCAGUAAUGCGUUGACUUUGGCGCGGUGGUUGGAGAAGAAUGAGAAUGUUGCUUGGGUGUCUUAUCCUGGUCUAGAAAGCCAUGCAAGCCAUGAGACUGCGAAGAAGUAUCUCCCUCGUGGAUUCGGUGGUGUCUUGUCGUUUGGUGUUAAGGGCGGUGCCGCUGCCGGAAGUCAGGUUGUUGAUGGCUUCAAGCUGAUUUCCAACCUUGCCAAUGUUGGCGACUCGAAAACUCUUGCUAUUCACCCCUGGUCAACCACCCACGAACAACUUUCCGAAAAAGAGCGCAUUGCCUCUGGUGUCACCGAAGAUGCAAUUCGCAUCUCAGUCGGAACAGAGCAUAUCGAUGAUAUUAUCGCAGAUUUUGAGCAGUCCUUCAAAGCAGCCAGUGCUGCUGGCGCGGAUAAGACUGCAUUGCCGGAUCGGGCUUCAGGAGGAGCUGCGACGGAGCAUGAAACUGGAUUGCAGGGGUCUGUUUAAUCAGUCUUCGUAGUAGAGUAGAUUAAUUGAUGAGGAAUGAAUUUACGGCAUGGACAGAAUAU